GACAGACCUCAGGGCGCCCAUCUCAGAAUCACCGUGUCAAAGCCCACCUGGAGGUCUGCAAAGGGCUGGAGACCUCCGGGCCAGCUCCCGGGGGCAGGUCGCCAUCUGCGCUCUCCCCUGGGAACACCCCUCUUCCAGGCGCAGCACCAGCGGAUCACUAGGACCCAGAAGGGUCCCGGGCGGGCGCCCCAGGUCACGGGGUCACAGGUGCCUCUCAGGCCAGGAGGGGCCAUCGCAUGACGCAGAACCUCACCCACCGCCCGGGGCUCGCCACGCCGCGAACGUUCCCGGGACGGAGCCCCCCGGCCACCAACGUCCCCGGGUCCCGGUGCGCCCUGAAGUCCGCGCCCGCCGGCUCCCCUACCUUCCUCCUGCAGCAUCUCCAGCAGGUCCGGGUCCCCCAUCUUCGCCAGCUCGUUGAAGGCAAAGGUGAGCGAGAGGCCGGGGGCGGCCGACCGCUGAGACACGCGCGACGUCUCGGUGCGGAGGCUGGAGCGGAUGGCGCCCGGGUGGAACGGCGGCUGCACCCCGGGGGAGGGCUCCCUGGAGGAGGGCACACGCGGUGCAUCCGGCGCGGCGGACACCCGGGGCGACUGCGGCCCCGGGGCCUCCAGGGGCCCCGGAGGCUCGGACCCCGCAGGCUCCGCAGACUCCGACCCCGGGGAUGGGGCUGCCUGGAGGCUCAGCCCGCCGCUCCGCCUCUGCUGCGGGCUCUGGGUCUGGUCCCGGCCGGAGCUCUGCUGCUCUGUAGUGAGGGUCUUGGGCCUCCUCCACCGUGCGCAGUACCUCCGCAGCUUGGCCUCCGGUGGGUGCUUUCUGGACGCACAACCAAGGCCAUUUCUGCAGUGUGUCCGGAGUUCGAAGUCAGCCUCUGCGCCAAAGUUGAAUAACCACAGACAAGUUACCUGUUUACACUUGAGGGACGUCUUCUGUGAUGGGGAAACCAAAUCCUAGACUAUGAAUAGCUGAGAGAACAACCCUUUAAAGUGUACAGGAGAACCUUUCAGGGUAUAUGAGCAGCACAGCACAGAGCAUGCUCGGAAAAGCGUGUCAGCAAUGUAACGAUUUCUAAGCUUAGCCUCCACAGCCCUUGAGCCCGGCUCUGCCUCUGAGCUUUAACAUGAAGCAGAGGGAGCUGGUAGCCACAUCAUGGAUGGCUCUCAGCGGGCCUGUGUGCUUGAGUCCUAACACAAGGACAGUUCUGCAAUAAUCAGGGAAUGCGAAACUGUGUUCCCAGCUAGGAGGCUGAGGAUUAGCGUUCUCUGCCAGUAGCACCUUCUGGAACUAUGACAUCUAACCAGCAGAGAUGGAGCUUCGAGGCCAGUACCAGUUUGAUUUCUACUUGUUUUAGGGCUCAGAUGUGUAGUCUUCUUCAAUAGGGUCUUCUGUCCAGUUCUGGAGGGUGACCAAGUGCAGUGGCAACAGCCAACUGGGGUUGAGGAUCUAUGGUAGCUCUCUCCAAAAGAGGAUGUUCAUUCCAGACAUGAACCCUGUGAGCUGCAGUGGCAACUGGCAAGGCAGGCAGGCCCAGUGGUGCAUUAGUGGCACACAUGUUAUGGUAGUAACCAAUAACCAUUUGAUUGGAUUUAAGGCCUGCUUCAGAACAGGGUGCCCAUAUCAGACACUGUUAUCAGGGAAAGAGCCUAGACAAACCACAGGCCAUUGGGGAAAGCCCACUGCUACGACUCCACUAAAUAGACACAAGAUUAGACUCAUAGUGACUUUAUGUCAUAUGUUAUGACAUAUUGAUUAGUACGUCUCUCAACUCUCACCAGAGAAGGCUGUUCUAUCAGCAGAUGGUGACUGGCACAGAGACCCACAAAUAGACAAACGAGCGACCAUAGAUGCUCAGACCUAAGUGGGACACCUGUGUUUUACCUCCUCAGAGGUCACUGUGGAAGGAGCAUGGAAAGAGCGAACCAGAGGUGAACACAAGAAAACGGUACUGUCUGGUACCACAGAGUACCAGACCACACCACAGUUUCACCUGUGAACCCGCAACACUUAGGACAGCAUGCACAAGACCUGUGCAAACCCAAGCUAGGCGGGGGCCCAGCAUGGAUGACGAAGGGAGGCGGGGGCCCCAGCUCUAGCCAAGUAUCUAUUGACAAUUGAUGGAUGCUGGGAGACAGCGUCACUUUUCCUCAGUGGUGUGACCCCUAGUAGGUUGACUGGACUCCAGAGUCUGGAUCUGUACUUGGGAACAUGCGGGAGGCAGAGAUCAGCAAUAGGGAAUAUGAACUCCUGGGGGUUGUGGGAAGGGACUGGAGCAGGCAGGGGCCUGAAUGUGAUCAAAUUCUGGAAUCAAUGAAACAUUGUUAAUAAAAAGAAUCACUGUCAGGAAAAUUGGUAAGAGAUGGUGGACUGCAGGUGACCAAACAGCACCGAGGCAGGGCUAGGGCACGAGUCCUCCCGCUCCAGCUGGGGCAGCUGAGAAGUGAGGCACAAGGACUCCCUGCACGAGUGAACUUGGAGUCUCUCCAUUGCUGUUGCUACUUGUGGCAAACCCAUCAGCCAUUCUGAAACAGAGAAUCGCCAUUUGGAGGCUGGGGACAGACUGAUCACUGCAGGACUGAAAUCACUACUUUCCUCCAACACGCCUCCCCUGACUGCGUUUCUAGGAUAAUUCAGGUGUGGCCAAGCGAUUCAAGAUGGCCAGCAUUCCCUCCUUGGUAAAUUUCAGAGUCAGCAAAAGGUGAAUAGGCAUGAAGCAAGCCAUACAUAAGCAUGUAACCAUAAUAAGUAGUCAACUGUGACAGAAGUGUUUGGUCAUUUCCUGCCUAUACUUAUUAUUAACAGUAUAAUAAUAAGAUGUUGGUAGCACAGAUGUUUACUAAUGUGUCUGGUAUGCAUUGUUGCUGACAGGUAUAGGUGGCGUGGAUUCUUCAAGUAAUCUAAUGGGUGCAAACUUUGCCUUAAGUAGAUUAAAUUAAAACAAAGACAAUGACUUUGCUUUUCUAUAAUUUAUAUAGCUUUAUUUCAUGUCUAUUUUUCACCUAUUUGAAGUGGCCGGUUUGA